AUGGCAGCCCAAAACUCAAUUUCCAGAGCUAUUGAGAAGAGGAGGGGGGAGAUCACAGCUUUGCCCAUGUACUACUCAGGACAGCUGCUGAAGAAAUACACAGGAGAGAAGGAUUUCAAGAAGUUUUUUGCUGAGCUCCGUGGAUCUACAAUCUUCUUGUACAUGGAUGAUAAAAGCUAUAAGUGCACUGAAAAACUGGAGCUGCAGUACCUGAAGGAGAUGCAUGUGGAGUCGCCCAGACCUAGGGGCAGCCCCUCCAUCUACACACUCACCCUAGAGGAUGAGGAGGUCAAGUUUAAGAUCGAUGACCCAAACACAGCUGAGGAAUGGCGCGGUUUCAUCUUGACCGUUGCCAAUCUGAAGAUACCCAGUAAGAUUCAGCUGCUCCCUGGUCAGCUGCUAAAUCUGGAGCAGGUCCUGGAGCAGGAGCGCACCAGGACCAGUGAGCUCCCCUCACCUGUCUCCUGCACUGCCCAGCGAUCUCCUGCUCUCUCCACACCUCCCACCCUCUCCAAUAGUGUCACACCACAGUGCUUCUAUGAAGUGUCGCGAAUGGAGGCGGAGCAGAUGCUGGAGGACAAUCCCCAGUGUGGCAGCAUCCUCCUGAGGCCAUCUGGGUGCAUCGGCGGUUAUGCUGUCUCCAUGAGACAAAUACUGUCCAGUGGUCCGGUUAUGAGACACUAUAAAGUGCAGUCACAUGACUCUGGGUUGGUCAUUGAGCUGAAUGAGCCGGUGACCGUCCCUAGCCUCCAGGACGUUCUGGAUUAUUUUCUGACCCGGAUGGAGUAUCGUGUCCUACCGUACCGACAGUCCCAGCCCUACGACACAUUCAUAGAAACAGCAAAGUUUUCCAAGAGAUAG